AUGCUCAGCUGCCUUGGGAAGGCGAGACUCGUCUUCCACCUGCUCAAAGCUCCAGCCAAUCUGCGACUGUUUUUCUCCUCCUCACCGAGCAAUGUCUCUACCAUGACAGUGUCGCUGCCACGUCGCGCCUUGUCCACUAUGGCGGAUUUUCAGAACGAUAUCUUCAACUACACGUCGGGGCGCUGGGUCUAUAACGACGCUCUUCGCCACAAAGAGCGCAGGGUCGCUUUCGAUGUCGACGGGCUACGUCGACUUGCAGCCGAGUCCGUCAACCAAGGCGCUGAUGAUGUAGUCAGCUUGUCGAAGCUUGCCGAGGGCGGAUUCAAUCCCCCCAAUCGUACCUUUAUCGUCAGUUUACGCAACGGUCAGCAGAUAGUCGCCCGUAUUCCAUACCCCAUGACUGUCCCAAAGUAUUACGCCGUCGCCAGCGAAGUUGCCACUAUCGAGUACCUGCGUUCCUCUGGGUUUCCUGCUCCCCAGAUUUACGGUUACUCGCCUGACUCGGACAAUGCUGCUGGGACCGCGUAUGUUUUGAUGGAGCUCGUUCAAGGCUCCAAGCUCAGUGAGGUUUGGCCUAGCCUAGAGAACCAGGAACUCAUUUCCGUCGUCCGCCAACUCACCAGACUCGAGUCACAGAUUAUGUCACUGUCUUUCCCCGUUGGUGGGAGCCUAUAUUUCACUAAAGACUUGGAGAAAGUCGCCCCGGGGCUGGGCGUACUUUUGGAUGACAAGCGCUUCUGCGUCGGUCCUGAUGUAAGCCUGCCGCUGUGGUACGGGAGGAGGGCAAAGCUCGACGUAGAUCGAGGACCGUACCAAAGCGCCGAAGCAGUUCUCAUAGCAGCAGCGCGUAAAGAACUGGCUUACCUAAAGCAGUUCGGACAACCGAUCCUGCCGUUGCGGCGUGAGAGGAGGCCCAGCUACGAGUAUCAGCCGCAGUCGCCGUCAUAUCACGUCGAGAACUUGGAGCGGUACCUCGACGUUAUAUCGUCACUAGUCCCCAGAGACCCCAGUCUCAGUCGUUUCUGCAUCCGCCAUCCAGAUCUCCAACAGAAUAACAUCAUGGUGUCGAAGUCGCCUGGCUCCGACUGCAAAGUCGUCGGGCUAAUUGACUGGCAACACACCUCUAUCCUGCCCAUGUAUCUCCUUGCAGGCAUUCCCCAACGCCUUCAGAACCAUGGUGAUAGCGUCUCGCAGGCCAUGACGCUGCCCCCUCUACCAGAGAACCUCGACCAGUUGAAUGGAGCUGAGCGAGCCAGAGAGGAGUAUCUCUAUCGUCGUCGCCUUGUCCAUUACCAUUAUGUCGCCAGCACGGAGGAGUGUAACCAGCUCCAUCACGCCGCUUUCACAGACCCCUUCUACGCGCUCCGCGGCCGUCUCUUCCAACAAGCUCGUGCCCCGUGGGAGGGCGAGACUGUGGAUCUGAAGUCUGCGCUAAUCCAAGUCACGGAGAAGUGGAAUGAGCUCACGGGGGGAGGCGUGCCGUGUCCCAUCGAAUUCGACGCUAAGGACCUACGCGAGACAGCGGUGCUGAACAAACAGCUGAGCGAAGCGGAAAGGGGCUUCAAUAUCUUGCAGGGCAUGUGCGGCGUCGGGGAGGAGGGUUGGGUGUUGGCUGAGGACUACGAGAAUGCUGUGGCGUUCUUGAAGGAGACCAAGGAGGAGGCGUUGGCGGGUGCCGAGUCGGUGGAGGAACGAGAAGAGAUCAUGUCUCACUGGCCUUGGGACGACAUGGACGAGACGGAGUAUAUGUAA